CCUCUGUGCGAACUAGAGAGACAGAGGCGAACGAAUUUUGUCUUCAGUGUUUGUGUUCAUUGGUUGGAGGAAGAAAAAGAAAACCAACACGUUUUAUAAUAAUAUUUAUUUUGUUUAUUAUAUUUGUUAAGUGAAUUUAAUACUGAGCGGUCCAUCCAAGCUUUUGUAUUGCCAAGAUGAUUGUACUGACUGGAAGCAACUUAGGAGAGAGGCAGAGAGAAUUGAACGAGAAAGUGAAAGAAGCGGCAGACAAGGAUGUAGACUUCGAUCAAAUCAAAGACACAACAGAGGAGUCUGAUGUGGACAAGUUAUUUAAAAUAGACCUUGCAUCCAAAUACGGGAACAUCGAAUACAUUAUCGAAGUACUUAAAUCUGGCGAUAGUCUGUACAUAUCCAGAGCUCUCAAAUGUAGCUGGCUUUACGGCGAAGAUUUCGCAAAAUUCAUCAAUGCCGAUUAUCUCCACAAAAAUGUCGUGCCAUUUCUGUCUAGCAAAAUGAAGAAAAAACUCUUAACAGCAAUUUCUAUGCACGUCAGAAAUGAAACAAGGGCUGAAAGCUUUUACAAGUAUUGCAUGGAUAACAAAUACACAGGCAUUGCUUUAAAAUUCCUCAAUUUUACCAGUGAGAGCUUUAAGUUAGAAGUGCUAAAAGAUGAUACAAAAUGUAAUCGAAUGAUAUCAGACUGUGGAAGUGAAUAUCUCAAGAACUUCAUUGGAGUUUCAUUCACUUUAGCAGAAGCGUAUGUUGCGACAUUUCCUGAAACUGCAAGAAUGCCAGCAUUCGCAGGACUUAGCUAUUUGUAUACGGUUUCCGAUGACAAAUAUUUGGAUCUGUUGGAAAAAUCUGUGGUGUUAAAUCCUUACAACACUACCAUUUUGGGUUUACGCAUUUCUAAAAGCAUAAUGAAACACCAUAAGGAUGAUAGGGUUCUAAGUAAACCAUCACUUUACGUAAGAAUUAUUCAUAAAACUGCGAUAGUUAAAUACAGUACAGCAGAAGAUGCAAAAAAAUACGCAGUUGCUGUGCUGCCUGAAAAUGUCGAAAAUUUUUGGAAUCAAAACUAUUGCAGCAAAUAUAAGUUUAUUCUUGAUAAAAUUCAAGAUGGGAAAUUUGAAUUCGUCAAACAGAUAUUUACAGCUAAGUAUCCUGGUGAAGCAUUUGAAACUCAUUUGAAUUUCUAUCAGAAGCAGUUCUACAAAAUAAUGACUACAGAAGAAAAAGAAACUUGGGCUCUUCAACAAAUAGCCAGCGGAUCAGAGAUUCUCGGAAUAGGCAAAGAUUAUAAUUGGUACAAGUUCAUUAGCUUUGAAAAAGCUUUUGAAGAAAUUAAAAAGCUCGUGUUGGUGACUCCGGAUUAUAUUAAACGGGCUGACAUGAUGCUUAUCUUGGUAGAUUCUGCAAAAACCCAACGCGAUUUAGCAAAACUGCUCAAACAUUACUACGAGAGGCAUGCUAAUGAACAGAAAUACAUCAAAGAGAACUUCCUCGAUAGGGUGAUGCAGAAUUUUAAUGUUUUCGAAUUCAAUGAUGACUGCUGGUCGGCCUGGAACAAAUUGUUUUACAACCUCGAUGUCUACAGUCUGACAGUCUAUAGCAGCAAGAGUGAAUACAAAAUCAUCGCCCUCAUAUACCAUAUCAUUAAUCACAUAGAUAUACCUGAGGCCAUAACAACUCACAUCAAUUCGGAAAUGCAAUUUUAUGCAUUAAAAUUGAAUACAGAUAAGCUAAAAAAAGAGGAGGUAGAAAUGGUGUUCCAGUAUUUAUUCGAAUUUUAUAUGACUGAAAUCAGGAAAUUCGAAAAUGUACCUUACAGUGAUGAUGUAAAGUAUCGCUUAAGGAGAUAUAUUCAUUUCAUCCUAGACCUUUUGGAUCAAUAUGACAGGACUAAACUGGAUUGCCCCGAGCUUGUUAACCAGUUUAUGAAGAAAGAUUGGGAUGAAUUUAGUUGCCACAGGUUGCUACGUGAGCCUAAAAAAUGCCAGGUAACGAGGGUAGAUUUGUUACGUCUCUUGAAGAAAGACGCAAGUCUACUUGUUAAACACCUUCCAGAAGUUCAAGACAAUAUUGAUAACUCCUUCAAGUAUGAUAUCAGCACAGUACUGAAGAAACUAAAAAUAUAUUUUUCAAACGACAUUGCAAAGGAUUACCUCAAGUUUUUUAAUGAUAUAUUGGCAGCAGAAGACAGGCUGUGGUUGAAAGAAGCUCAUGCUGCAGUACACGGCAUUUUUCAACUAGGGGAUGAGAAUUUGAAAGUUGAUUUUAUGAAAAAGUAUGCCCCAACAGAAGCUGUUAUUAACCACAGCGAAAUUGACGAGAAGUUGUUACGGAUUCAGCAAGCCAUAUGCUCGCAUGCUUGCUACUCGCGCCCUCCUGUGCCCCUGCAAAGUGUGCUAAUGUACAUCAAAGGAGACUACGUACACUUUUGUUUACCAAUGUUCCAUUCCUAUUUGGCUAACCUGCCACUUCCACUUUGUAUUGAAUUCGUUGAAGCGAUAUUGAAUACUCCAGUGUCAAUCCAAAAACAUGGCAUACGACUCGCUUUCGAGUGCUUUAGCGAAGAAAACUUAAAUACAUUAGUAUUAAGAGCUUGGAAAAAGACGAAAAACGUAUCCCUCAGGUUGAUUAUUUUCAAAGCGCUUCAUGCCAAAAUAUUGAAAGAAUCAAAUACUCAGGGAAUUUUGUUUGACACAUUAAAAACAAUUGCGCUGACUCUUGGACAAGAUGAUGACGAUGAGAUAUUUAGGCUCCUCAUUUCCCGUCAAUGGCCUGAGCCGAUGAAGCUCGAAUGCAUCGAUAUUGCUUGGAAAGUGGUGAGCCAAUUUCCGCCAAAACAAGCAAACCUCGCCCGCAUGCGUCUUGUAAUAAAUUGCAUGUCCAAUAACAUCAAUAUAAUUCGUUCAGACUCCAUUUCUGGUAUUAUAGACACAUUUAUGUCAACAGUAUUUAAACAGGAAGAGGAAGAAGAAGGAAACGGCAAAAAACAAAGUGCAGAAGCUAUCGCCUUAAUAGACGCCAAGUGGGAACUUACAGCAACAUACAUAAUAAAUAUUAAGGACAUAAAUGAUCUUAGUAAAAAAAUUGAAGUUGCGAAGCACAUAUUGAACAAGUGUUUAAGAUCACAGGAGUCCGGGGCCCGCCAAAAUAGGCAAGACUUGCUUAAAACUUGUAUGACAUUUGUCAAUAAUAUGGAGUUCAGAUGUUAUGAUCAGGAAAUUUCCCGUUAUGAAAAUGUGAAUACCAUGAUGCAAUUUGUACUAAAAACACUGUAUGACAGUUUACCACUUGAAGAGAUUUAUAUUGAAAUAUGGGAGUUACGACUGGGAAUGCUAGUUAGAAAUGUUUUGAUGUCCCAUAAGAAGCUCGAAGGUCAGGAACAAAUAAACAAGGAUGCCAUUAAAGUAAUUGUCAUGUCAUUUGCUAAAGAACUUAGCAACUUGAUCAAAGAGUUAAUUGACACUGGACUAUACUUCAAUUCAUUUUUAUCAGACAUUCAAAGUAAAAUCCUUAAUAAAAUGAAAACGGUAAAGGUCAAGUUCGAUAUAAAGAUCAAGUUUUGUAAUAUGAUUAGUACAUUGUGUUUGGGCCUAAUGACGUUUGGAAUACCUGAGAUGUACUUGCUUGUAGUAAAUCUUUUGCCCGACAGUUGUAAUCCCGAACUGGACGAAGACUAUAGGUCGGUCGUCACCAAGUUAUAUAACGUUGAAAACAAAGAAAUCCGCUGCAAUCUGUACCGGAAACUAAACAAAUCUGAUUAUAAAGUUCUUGAUAUAAUUGGACAAUAAGUGUUAGAGUUUUAGAACUGUUGUUGUUAGCAAGCUGUUUAAAUGUGCAUUUAUAUGUAUUAUUACACUGUAUUAUUUAAAA